AUGGCGUCUGUAUCCAAGUUUGGCAAAGGUUACUUGCUGGAAAUGAAAGUGAGGGACCCAGCACAAGCUGAUCUCAUCCAUGCGGAGGUUGUACGCGUCUUCCCUCUUGCAGCACGUCAGGAACGGUAUUCCUCUUUGAUGGUCUAUAAGAUACCAAUGGAAAAUGUACAGUCCCUGUCUCAGGCCUUUCUCAGUUUGGAGGCAGCUAAACGUACCUUUGACCUGGAGGAGUACAGCCUUUCUCAGUCCACUUUGGAACAGGUGUUCUUAGAGCUUUCAAGAGAACAGGAGGGAGAGGAUUUUGCUAUGACUCCAGAUAAUACAGCAGAACAGAAACUCCUUCAACAAGAUGAUCAUUAAAGCUCUGCACCAGUGCCCUGUAUCGCUAUUACAAAUGCUAUUAGCAUGUCCAAUUACAUACUACGUUAGAGCCAGUAUAUCAGUAUGGUAAUGAUAAGGCAGAAAAGUUCAGCUAGUCAUCAUGACAAAUAUUUUUUAUGCCCACAUUUCAUUUUUGACCAGAGGAUACAGUGUGAGACAUGGAGCUGAAUUAGAAAGUGGGAGCUGAAUUAAAAAAUUGGACCAAAAAACGGUUGGCCACCAAUAACAAGAAGAGAGAACUCAUGGGCAAAAUCAGACUGAUUCCAAUCUAUAGAUACCACAAGGCGGAAUAGAAGCCUAAAAAGCCACCUGUAUAGAAAUGUAAAAGGGAUAUCACACUUCUCACACAAAUACAGUGGAGUUUUCAAUUAAAUACUAGUGGUGAAGUGACUGCAUGUAUAAAACCCAUCGGCAGGAAUUCGUGUAUUGCAGUGAUGAGCAAUGAACAGAUGGUUGGAUAUACUAGGUCUGAUUUUUCUUUGUAGAUUGAUGAUGGUUUUAGUCCUCUCCCCGCAGCUAAAUUAUUUAGAUUUGCACCAGUGUAAGUAAGAGCAAAAUCAGACCUAUAAUCAGUUUCUUUCUGCAAGUGUCCUGGGUUUUUUUCAGCUUCCCUUACCUAAUGCAUGGAGGGAUCUCUCGUUAACUGAGCAACCUUCUUAACAGUCCAACAGAGAGGUCACCUCUGUAGGGAAGCACAAGUGCUUUUAUGGGAUUAGAAUGGUCAGUCCACCAACUGAGCCUGGUGGCUUUUAUACUAGUCUCAACAGUCUACUAGAGUGAUCUCAUUACUGCAGGAUUCUUUAUAUUGUUGGACCUUCAGGUGACUCGCUGCGAGGUAUGUUCAAUAUGCGAUACUUAGAAACAUGUUCUCAUCUCGGAUGUUAAUGGUAGUUCUGUUUGGCUGUUCCUUGACAUGCCACUUGGACAUUUGCAGAGGACCAGGACUGAUGUCAAAGGGAUAUUGCUUCUUCAGCUUUAUUUGUAGGAGACAAUGACAAAAACUUAAGAAGCAGUGCAAUACCACUGGUACUAGUAGUAGUACUUGUGUGUGUGUCACUGAUAAAUUCCUAACUCCAACUUCAUACGGAUUAAAUUGUUUACAUGUGUAGCGAAUACAAUCCUGAUAGCUAUCAUCAGUAUCAACUGGAAUUGCUGCCUGUUCUGAAUUUCCUAGAUGUCUCUCUCUUCCUGAGACCUUAAAUAGCUACAACUUCUGGCCACACCUUCCUCCAUCUCUACCUUAUAAUCCUUUGAAUCAUGACUUGGCCUUGCUGAGUCACACAUUUGUGGCCUCCAGGUCGACUGUUGCGAUGGGUUGUACCUGCCAAGCAACACACAAUGGCAUCAGCCAAGUGCUUCAAACACCAGCUACCCAUUGUGCAUGGAGUCCCAGGCAAGGAUCGAGGGUUGUUUUUCAACACUGCCAGCAAGCCUCACAAGGUGUUACUUCUUGCGCUACAAUGGCAAACUCCCUCAACAGAGAAACAAAAUGGGUGAGGGAAGCCUGUGUAAGUGGCCAAAGAGUAUUUCUCUCACCAGCAGAAGUGGGUUCUUAAAAGAUAUUUCCUUCCCCUGCCUUGUCUUGCAAAUAUUCCGUGGACAACAUCACCACAACACCAGUGUAUCCCUCAACAGAUCAAUUGCUUGGGAGUGAUGGAAUACUCUACACCAGAUCUGCUUGUGGCUUAAGAAAACUACAACUCCUGAUGGCUUGUAUACUGUUGUCAGUCAUCAAGUAUGCCUAUUGUGCGUUAUCCAGCAAAAAAUGUCUAAUACCAGCUUGUUUAUAGGAGAGAGUCUGAAAAAAUAUUGCAAUAAAGUGUGGUUUGAUGUGUUA